AUGAACAAAGCGAAUAGCCGAAGAAGAGAGCUAUUCGAUCUGGAACAAAGGCUUCAAUUACAAGAACAGAUGCAUAUUGAAUACCUAGCAACCAAGCAACCAAUUACCGUUUCCUAUCAACCUGCCAUGGUCAAACAAAAUCAUUCGUCUAUACCAUCGCCUAUUGUCAUGAUGACACCUCAGAAAAAGUCAAAGCGUGAUUCCAUAUUAGAAAAGGUUUACGGAUUUCGUAAUAACUCACCGCCACCUUUUUUGCCCGUACGCCCUAGUGCAACCCGACCUCCUUCAUUUUUACCAAUGCAAGAAAAAAGAUCACCACCACCCUAUGGCGAUUAUGGUAAUUCCACACCCAUUGACAGUAAGCAUUAA